AUGGUCAUCCGGAAAGAGAAGAAGAGCUGCGGGCAGGUGGUUGAGGAGUGGAAGGAGUUCGUGUGGAACCCGAGAACGCACCAGUUUAUGGGCCGCACCGGGACCAGCUGGGCCUUUAUCCUCCUCUUCUACCUUGUCUUCUAUGGCUUCCUCACGGCCAUGUUCACCCUCACCAUGUGGGUGAUGCUCCAGACUGUUUCUGACCAUACCCCCAAGUACCAGGACCGACUGGCCACACCGGGCUUGAUGAUUCGCCCCAAGACUGAGAACCUUGAUGUCAUUGUCAACAUCAGCGACACGGAAAGCUGGGACCAGCAUGUUCAGAAACUCAACAAGUUCUUGGAGCCUUAUAAUGACUCCAUCCAAGCCCAAAAGAAUGAUGUCUGCCGCCCUGGACGUUAUUAUGAACAACCUGAUAACGGAGUCCUCAACUACCCAAAACGUGCCUGCCAAUUCAACCGGACACAGCUGGGUGACUGUUCUGGCAUCGGAGAUCCCACUCACUAUGGUUACAGCACUGGGCAGCCCUGUGUCUUCAUCAAGAUGAACAGGGUCAUCAACUUCUAUGCAGGAGCAAAUCAAAGCAUGAAUGUUACCUGUGCAGGGAAGCGAGAUGAAGAUGCUGAGAACCUUGGCAGCUUUGUUAUGUUCCCUGCCAAUGGCAACAUCGACCUCAUGUACUUCCCAUACUACGGCAAAAAGUUCCAUGUGAACUACACACAGCCCUUGGUGGCCGUGAAGUUCCUGAAUGUGACCCCCAAUGUGGAGGUGAACGUGGAAUGCCGCAUCAACGCUGCCAACAUCGCCACAGAUGAUGAGCGAGACAAGUUUGCUGGCCGCGUGGCCUUCAAACUCCGUAUCAACAAAACCUGA